GGGAAAAAGACAAUGUCCUACUCGCAGGGUAGUACAGGGUCGAAUGGAAUGGCCUAUAACAUUUUGAAUGCUUCGAUGAAUGCCUCGCAAUCCCUAUCCUCCACCCCUCGCGCAACUCCUCCGCCCCCGAAAGGCUCGCAGAUGUCCUAUUCCGGUUACCCAAGUGGACUCCCACGAUCAACAACAACUAGCUUUGGGGGAUAUGAUGGGUCGAAGGAUUAUGGUUCUAUGUCAUACCAGGAAGAGCACAAACCACAAAUUUAUCGGGCCGUCUAUUCUAAUAUCGCUGUCUAUGAGAUGGAAGUGAAUGGUGUUGCUGUUAUGAAACGUCGAUCCGAUUCUUGGUUGAAUGCUACCCAAAUUUUGAAAGUUGCCGGCGUCGUGAAGGCAAGACGAACGAAAACACUCGAAAAGGAAAUUGCGGCCGGUGAACACGAGAAGGUUCAAGGUGGUUACGGAAAAUACCAGGGGACUUGGGUCAAUUAUCAACGGGGUGUGGACCUCUGUAAAGAGUACCACGUCGAAGAAGCCCUCCGGCCAUUGCUGGAGUACGACUCGAACCCUGACGGCUCCGGAACUCCUGCCCAUGGAAAUAUAGAUACGCCCACCAAAGAACAAGCUAUGGCCGCGCAACGCAAGCGUCUCUACAAUGGCGGAGAGAGUCGAAGUGCGUCGCAGCCGCAACAGGGAACCUUUUUCCAAAAUAUCUCGCGUACCGCUGCCACUGCUGUGAACGCUCUCAGUAAAGCACGCUUCGACUCGCCUAGCUCGAACAGUCGUCGUCCUAGCGUGAUACGCAAACCCUCACAACAAAUGAGCAGCCAAGAAUCCGGACUUCCAUUCAGCAGCCAACAGAGCAUGUACAGCGUGUCCGACAGUGGAUUUGGAAGCCUGCAAAAUCGGCACCAGAUUCAAGAAGACCACGACGACUCAGCAGAACCUCCUCGAAAACGCAUGCGUUCUAACUCACACCAUGGCCCACCCAUCGGUCUUACCCGCGAACCAUCCAAUCUAUCCAUGCAUGAACCUACCCCCACUGAACCGAACGAUUCCUUCUACCAAGACAUGGAUAUCCCCCCUCCUCCCAUUGAUGAUGGCUCCAAGCGCGGAGUCGAGUCACUGGCUCCCGCUUCUACCCCCGAGCGAUUCCAGAAGAUGAAGCUCAUCAUGACACUGUUUCUCGAUAAGCGCACGAAAGACUUCACCAAUCAUCCUGCUUUGGUGCAAUUAACAGGUGACGACCUUGAAAUUCCUCUUGACGAGUACCGCAACAGUGCACUUCACUGGGCAGCGAUGCUCGCGCGCAUGUCACUGCUCAACGCACUGUUGGCCAAGGGCGUGAGCAUUUCACGUGUCAAUGGUGCUGGAGAAACUGCACUGCAAAAGGCCGUUGGAACACGCAACAACCUCGAUUAUCGAAGCUUCCCUCGCUUGUUACAGAUCCUCGCCCCGACGAUUGACAUGGUUGAUUACAGCGGGCGCACCAUUUUACACCAUAUCGCCAUGAUGGCUGCGACUGGUGGCGGCGGACAUGUUUCCGCAAAGCAUUAUCUAGAAGCUCUUCUUGAGUUUAUUGUACGACAUGGAGGCAUGGUUUCAACUACGAAUGGAACUCGCGAGCCAAAUGGAACUCCCAGCGUUGAUGUCAUCUCUUUGGGACGUUUUAUCUCUGAGAUUGUCAAUGCGCGAGAUGUUCAAGGCGACACGGCUCUCAAUCUGGCCGGACGCGCGCGCUCAGUCCUUGUUCCACAACUCUUGGAAGUAGGUGCUGAUCCUCACAUUCCAAAUCACACCGGUCUCCGCCCGGCUGAUUACGGAGUUGGUGUCGACAUGGUCGACGGAAAUGCACAAUCUCAGCAAACAGUGAAUCGGAAUGACACCUUUAUUGAUCAACUGGCCAAGUCAAAGAAGGAGAUCCUCGAGGCGGCAAUGUCCCAAAUCAGCGCAAUGGUGGAGGAAACACUGGGUGGGAUCGACAGAGAGCUGGCUUCGAGCUUAACACAAAAGCAGGAAAGCUUUGACCAUUGGCAUACGAAAAUCCGUGAGUCUGCCAAAGCUCGGCAAAUCGAACAAAAACAAUACGAUGAACUUAAACGGAAGGUAUCUGAACGUGUGGAACUUGAUCGUCGUAUCAAGAACUUGGAGCGGUCAUCCGAGGGUUUGUUGGUUACGGUGAAAAACACACCAGGACUAGACGCUACAAAAACAGUCGUUGUGGGUCAUGCCGACCGAGAUUCUGGGGUUGACGUUGCUACAUUUGACACACUGUUCUCUGAGAAUUUCGACCCAGCGUCCGGAUUUUCACAACAGCAGGUCGCAUUCUUGGCUGCGCUGCCAGCGACAGAUUCGCUCAGACGCCAGGCUCAAUGCUACAAAGAAUUCAACGCCGGAUUACUAGCUGAGGUAGAAGGUCUGAAGGCCAAGAACGCAGUUCUCGGCCAGAACUACCGUCGCAUGGUGAUGGCAUGCACGGGCUGGACGGCGGAGCAAGUUGACGAAGCUGCCGAGGGGCUCACGCAAUGUGUCAAGGAUUUGAAUGACAAUCCCGUCCCCGAAGACGAAGCUAUUGAAAUAUUGAUGCGGGAUCGCGGACAGGACUGGUAG